AUUCCCGAAUCCAAAUGAAAACGCACGUGUUGCGUGAGUACGGCAACGCUUGUCGUGGCGUCACGAAAAAACAGCCGCUUAGCACAACACUGAUUGGUCGUGUUCGCACAAGCGAGCCAAUCGUCGCUGCGGUUUGUCCGCAAUGGUCGCGUAAACUUUUUCCAGCCAUCUUAUUAUUUUCGAAAAUCUUGAGGUUGGAUUUUCGGGAAGACGCAGUAGUUACUAACGCUUCUGGCACUUUGUUCCCAGCGACCGGUGUGUCAAAGACGCGGUUCGCAUGAGGUUAAGAGCACGGGGUUACGACGAAGAACAGUCUCGGUAAAACGUACGAAAAGAACAAUUACGAUACAUAAUGGCAACUUUGAAUGAUCAAGCUUCUAAAUUAUUGGACUUCAAUCAGAAAUUGGAUAUAACACUUCUCGACAAUAUAGUAGGAUGUAUGUAUACUGGUAUAGGAGAGCAACAGAGACUUGCCCAAGAAGUGUUAACAACUCUUAAAGAACAUCCAAAUGCUUGGACACGGGUAGAUACCAUUUUAGAGUAUUCACAGAAUCAACAAACGAAAUAUUAUGGCUUGCAAAUAUUGGAGCAAGUUAUAAAGACAAGAUGGAAAGUAUUACCAAGAAAUCAGUGCGAAGGUAUAAAAAAAUACAUUGUAGGCCUUAUCAUAAAAACGAGCAGUGAUGCAGAAACAAUGGAAGUUUCAAAAGUUUAUCUCAACAAGCUUAACAUGAUACUUGUACAAGUACUAAAGCGUGAAUGGCCCAAAAAUUGGGAAUCUUUUAUCAGCGAUAUUGUUGGUGCGAGUAAAACUAAUGAGAGUCUUUGUCAAAACAACAUGGUCAUCUUAAAGCUUUUAUCAGAGGAAGUAUUUGACUUUUCUAGUGGUCAAAUGACUCAAACAAAGGCGAAACAUUUGAAAGAUACAAUGUGCAGCGAGUUUUCGCAAAUAUUCCAGCUUUGCCAAUUUGUCUUGGAUAAUUCGCAGAAUGUUCCAUUAGUAGCAGUCACACUAGAGACACUACUAAGGUUUUUAAACUGGAUACCACUUGGAUAUAUUUUUGAAACUAAAUUAAUAACCACUUUAAUAUUCAAGUUUUUGAAUGUACCAAUAUUUCGAAACGUCACUUUAAAGUGUCUCACUGAAAUCGCAGCUGUCAAUGCUACGGUGCCGAAUUAUGAUGAUAUGUUUGUUGUAUUGUUCAUCAAUACGAUGCAGCAGUUGGAGUUGAUGCUUGCACUGGAUACUAACAUACGUGACGCAUAUGCGCUUGGCCAAGAUCAAGAGCAGAAUUUUAUUCAGAAUCUAGCUAUGUUUCUUUGUACUUAUCUCAAAGAACAUGGCGAGCUAAUAGAGAGGAAACAAUUGAAUGAUACGCUAGUGAAGUCACUGCAUUAUCUUGUCCUCAUCUCCGAAGUUGAAGAAGUUGAAAUAUUUAAAAUCUGUCUGGAGUACUGGAAUGGAUUAGCCGCCGAUUUGUACAAAGAAAAUCCCUUUGUGACUUCUUCGCCGCUUUUCAUGUCUAAAAACAUGACGAUACCGCCACGGAGAGUAUUUUACGGUCCGGUAUUGACAAAAGUACGUUACAUUAUGAUCAGCCGAAUGGCCAAGCCCGAAGAAGUGCUUGUUGUGGAAAACGAAAACGGAGAAGUUGUCAGGGAAUUUAUGAAAGAUACCGACUCCAUUAAUCUCUACAAAAACAUGAGAGAAACUCUCGUAUAUCUUACUCAUCUUGAUUAUGUGGAUACUGAGAGAGUAAUGACAGAGAAAUUACAAAAUCAAGUUAACGGCACAGAAUGGUCUUGGAAGAAUCUCAAUACGUUAUGCUGGGCAAUAGGCAGUAUCUCUGGUGCUAUGCACGAAGAGGACGAGAAGCGCUUCUUGGUAACUGUAAUCAAGGAUUUGCUAGGUUUGUGUGAGCAAAAGAAAGGGAAAGACAACAAAGCGAUAAUUGCCAGCAAUAUCAUGUAUGUUGUUGGCCAAUAUCCGCGAUUUCUCCGAGCCCAUUGGAAGUUUCUGAAGACUGUUGUAAAUAAACUUUUUGAGUUUAUGCAUGAAACGCACGAUGGUGUGCAAGAUAUGGCCUGCGAUACUUUUAUUAAAAUAGCACUAAAAUGCAGACGACAUUUUGUUACUGUACAAUUAGGGGAAGCAAUGCCAUUCAUUGAGGAAAUUCUUUCUACAAUUAGCACCAUCAUAUGCGACCUCCAAACAGAACAAGUACAUACAUUCUAUGAAGCGGUUGGCUAUAUGAUAAGUGCUCAAGCCGAUAAUGUUGUGCAAGAGCAACUGAUUGAAAAAUACAUGCUUCUUCCUAACCAAGUUUGGGAUGACAUUAUAAGUCAAGCAUCUAAAAAUGUGGAUGUCUUGAAGGACCAAGAAGCCGUGAAGCAACUUGCCAGCAUCUUAAAGACAAAUGUUAGAGCAUGCAAAGCUCUUGGGCACCCGUACGUGAUACAAUUAGGGAAAAUAUACUUAGAUAUGUUGAAUGUUUAUAAGGUUAUGAGUGAAAAUAUAAGUGCUGCGAUAGCUGUAAAUGGUGAGAUUGUAAUGAAACAGCCUUUAAUCAAGACGAUGAGAGUAGUGAAAAAGGAAACGUUGAAAUUAAUCUCGGAUUGGGUGAGCAGAACGAGUGAUCAUCAAAUGGUAUUGGAAAACUUUAUACCACCAUUAUUGGACGCCGUCUUGUUGGAUUAUCAAAAGACGAAUGUUCAUUGUGCUAGAGAGCCCGAAGUGCUUAGUGCUAUGGCCACUAUAGUAAACAAACUAGAAGCCCAUAUCACUAGCGAAGUACCGAAAAUCUUUGACGCCGUUUUCGAAUGUACUUUAGAAAUGAUAAACAAAGACUUCGAAGAAUUUCCCGAACACAGGACGAACUUUUUUCUUCUUUUACAAGCGGUGAACGUUCAUUGUUUCCCCGCGUUUCUUUCAAUUCCACCAGCUCAGUUUAAGCUGGUUCUUGACUCAAUUAUUUGGGCUUUUAAACACACAAUGAGGAAUGUAGCAGAUACAGGAUUGCAAAUUCUUUAUCAACUUUUAUUAAAUAUUGAACAGCAUGAACAAGCCGGUCAAAGUUUCUAUCAGACAUAUUUUACGGAUAUUCUGCAACAUAUAUUCAGUGUUGUCACGGAUACAUCACAUACAGCUGGACUUACAAUGCACGCUACAAUUCUCGCUUACAUGUUUACACUGAUUGAACGUGGGAAAAUUCAGGUGCCGCUCGGCCCUGUACCUGAUAAUACUUUAUAUAUACAAGAAUUCGUUGCAAGAUUGCUUAGAGCAGCCUUUCCGCAUUUAACUGAUAAUCAGAUUAAAAUAACAGUACAAGGAUUGUUUCACCUCAAUCACGAUAUCACUGCGUUUAAAGAGCAUCUCAGAGAUUUCCUCGUACAAAUAAAAGUAAGUAGUAUUCAUUUAUAGUAGUGUAAACUUUAU